UUUUAAUUUCCCACCGGCAAAUAAAUGGGCUCUCGUAAACUAAGUAAUGAUGACAUAACGGUAUAAGAAGAAACUUGCGAUGACGUAACAUUACUUGACCAUGCUGUGCAACAGUAACAGCAACGUUAGUUUCCGAGACUUUGAUGUAGUUUAUUUUAUAUUGCAGUGAGUGAAUGUAUGUGAAGUUCGAGGUUAUAUGUACCCCAUUCGUCCAGAAGGCUCCAAAUUUUGACCAUUUUACCUCGUGUGUAAUAGCUUUUAAAUGUCACAAACGUCACAAACCUGCGAAUUGAUAAUUGUGGUCAGUUUUAUCGAACUUUGGAUACAUGGAAUGAUUCCAUAUGCACUUACCUGAAAAUGGAUUCUGACAUUCUGUCCCAUCUUGUCCCCCAAGGGAAGGAAACCAUUCGUCCAGCCUGUAAGAAAUGCGGUUAUGCUGGCCAUCUGACAUUCCAGUGCAGAAAUUUCAUAAAAGUAGAUCCAAACAGAGAGAUUGUACUUGAUGUAAGCAGCACCAGUAGUGAAAGUGAAGAUGAAUAUUUGACACCACUUACAGAACUGAGAGAGAAGGAAUUGAAGAGUAAAUUGAAAAAAGCCAAAAAGAAAAGGAAGAGAGCAAAGAGAGAGAAGAAGAAAUCUAAAUCGUGUGAUUGUUCACGGUCUCGGUCUGAUGAUAGUGAGAACGAUGAUAUGAAAAAACGUAAAAAACAUGACGACAGUGACCAUGAUGAUGAUAAUAUUAAAAAACAUAAGCACAAGAAAAGAAAGAAACAUUCACAUCAUAAAAAACAGAGGAAGGAAAAAGGGACAUCUUCAGAAGUUUCAACUGAUACAGACAGUACUUAAGGCCAUAGAAAUGUAUACAUGUGAAGUGGUUAUUGAUAUUUUAUUACACUUCUAAAUUUAUCAUUUCCUGUAAAAAAAGUUUCAUGAUAAUAAAGUUCUUAUAUACUAUUUCAUCAGA